UCGAGAUUCAUUCCUGGGAGUGGGCCCGGGGCCUGAGGAGCCAGAGGACCUGGCCCUGCAGCUACAGCAGAAGGAGAAAGACUUGCUGCUGGCUGCGGAACUCGGCAAGAUGCUUCUGGAGCGCAAUGAGGAGCUUCGCCGGCAGCUAGAGACACUGAGCUCCCAGCACACUGAGCGUGAGGAAGUGAGCUGGCCACUGGGGCCUGGCGGAGGGCAGGAGGACUGGGGUGACCAGGGAAGGGGGCAAGACAUGGAGAGGAGCAUAUGCAGGCAGGUAGGCAGGGGAUGCCUCCGGAAUAGCUCAGGACUGGGCCCAGUUCCUCUGGCAGUGUGGCCCAGGGCUUAGGAUCAAGAACCCUGGGCUGGGGCUGUAGCUCAGUGGUAGAGCACUUGUCUAGUACGUGCAAGGGUUUGAGUGUGAUCCCCACUACUAAAAAAAAAAAAAAUCAAAGGACAAGUCAAGACCUAAGUUCAGACCUCUGCUUGACUGUGUGACCUUGGGCAAAUUGCUGGCCCUCUCUGGAUCUUCAGCCUGGCUUCUCAGCGGCACAGUGUGAUCCCACCCAACAGGACCUGAGAGCCACUCCCUCCUGCACCUGGCUGAGUGCUCUCCAUGCAUCAUCUCGAUUCAUUCUUGCUCAAUGUUGCAAAGUAGGAAGGGUUCUCCCUUCCGCCCAGGUUGUGGUCAGCCCCACUCUCGUGCUGGAGUUCACACCUAAACCUCUAAACACCCUGAUGUACCCGUGUUGUCAGCCCCAAUCUCUGCUCUGAGCUGACCUGGAUUAAAAAACUGCUCCCUGCCUUCCCCACCAGACCACAGACUGGGUAUCUCACUACAAUGGCCCCAAUUCCCUGUGCACAAGCACUCUUCCCCUGUUGAAUCCAAAUUCACCUGGUUCUGGUGGUCCCUGCAGCCUGGAACCAGACCCCCUCCCUUCUGCCUGGCUUCCCCUCCUGCCUUCUGGAGUCUGUUCCCAUGGGGCAGCCAGGGAUCAUCAGAUCAUUUCAUUCUUGGCCCAGAAUCUCCCCCACAGCUCCCUAUCACACUUAGGAUGAAACUGAAACUUCUUACCACAGCCUGAAAGUCCCCAAGCUGACUCAAACUUGUACCCACAGGGCCUUUGCAUUGCCUUCCUUAAGGCAGCCCUCUUCCUGGUUAUCUCCUUGCCCUGCAGGAGUCAAUCCCAACAUCAACUCCUCUAUGAGAGAUGCCCACCCACCUUCUGUUCACAUGACUUUCCCAGGUUUCUUCACAGCCCUCGAUGUUCCUCUGAGGCAGCGAGCUUCAUGGUCUUGCUUAACCAUGAUAGGCCCUGGACAGAAGAAAGUAUUGGAAGGAGGGAGGAUGGGACUUGGAGAUAUUAAAGGGACUUGCCAGGCCACACAGCACUAGAACUGAGCACCAGCCAGGACAAUCAGACCUCAAACCUGCCAGCUUAAUCCCAGGGCCAUAUUAGGUUGAGUGUGGCUGCCUGGGCUGGACUUCCUGCUCCACUAAUUUACUGUGUGUCCUCAGGCAAGAAGGCACUGAACCUCUCUGAGCCUGUGUUCUCCUCUAAGAAUGUUAGUGAUUCUCCCUCUAGUGGAGCAAGUGAAUUACUGCAGGUAGAGCGCUUGGCAGGAUUACCUAAUACAGUACUGUAACUGUAACUAUGGUUAUUGUCACCUGCCCUGGGCCCUUCUAGUUUUGAGGUCCUAGAAAGAGUGACCCCCCCGAGUUGGCUUCCCCCUUAAGAUGGGCACCUGAGUAUGCCAAGCACGUGUACCCUCAGUGGUCAGACAGGUUUUGGGAAGGGCAGGCAGAGGGUGGGGCUCUGGUAGGGCUGGCCAGGGCUAAUUAGAGGGAACUGGGAGAGGGGCUGGCCAGAGGCUCAGCCUGCAGAUCCCUUAGGACACUACGGGUGUCAGAGUGAGGCCAUGGGCCGUGGCUUAAACUCUACCAGACUCAGGCGCCAGAAACGGCGCUUCCGACCCCGGGUCCAGGAGCCCAGGCAGCAGCCUGAGCGGCUGAAGCAGGAGAACCAUGAGCUCCGCCGGGGCCUGGCAGCCCGGGGCGCAGAGUGGGAAGCCAGAGCUGUGGAGCUUGAAGGUGACCUGGCAGCUCUGCAGGCCCAGCUGGGGGAGCAGCGCUCAGAGCAGCAGGACAGUGGGCGCGAGCGGGCCCGGGCCCUUGGCGAGCUCAGUGAGCAGAACCUCCGGCUCAGCCAGCAGCUGGCCCAGGCCUCUCAGACUGAGCAGGAGCUUCAGAGAGAAUUGGAUGCACUUCGGGCCCAAUGUCACACUCAGGCCCUGGCUGGAGUGGAGUUAAGGACGCAGCUGGAGAGUCUGCAGGGGGAGAACCAGAUGCUGCAGAGCCGCCGGCAUGACCUGGAGGCCCAGAUUCGAGGCCUGCAUGAGGAGGUGGACAAGGGCCAGGGCAGGCUGCAGACCACCCAUGAGGAGCUGCUGCUGCUGAGGAGGGAGAGGCGGGAGCACAGCCUGGAGCUGGAACGCACGCGCUUCGAUGCUGGUGAGGCUCUGAGCGCGCUGCGGAGGCUGCAGCAGCGAGUCUGGGAGCUGGAGGAGGAGUCGCACCUCCAGGACUCCAAUGUGUCCAGCUCCUCCCUGCAGUCAGAGCUUGCUCACACCCUGGACGGUGACCGGGACCAGGAGCAGGAUGGCAGUGCAUGUGGAGACACCCAGACCACCCCAUCCCUGGAGACCCAGGAGGCUUCUGUCCUCCAGCCUUCACCCCAAGUGGAUAGCUUGGAGCCCCCCAAGAAGCAAGCACCCCUGAGCCCAGCUGAAAUUCUGGAGGAGAAAGAAGCAGAAGUGGCCAGGCUGCAGGAUGAGAUUGCACUGCAGCAGGCAGAGCUGCAGACCCUGCGGGAGGAGCUGCAAAGGCAGAAGGAGCUGCGGGCACAGGACGACCCGGAGGAGGCCCUGAGCAGCGCACUCUCGGACCGAGAUGAAGCCGUGAACAAAGCCCUGGAACUAUCCCUGGAGCUCAACCGCGUCUCUCUGGAGCGCGACUCCCUGUCCCGCGAGUUGCUCCGCACAAUCCGCCAGAAGGUGGCGCUAACGCAGGAGUUGGAAGCCUGGCAGGACGAUAUGCAGGUGGUGAUCGGGCAGCAGCUGCGUUCGCAACGCCAGAAGGAGCUGAGUGCAGCAGCAGUGUCGGGCUCACGCCCCGCCUCGGCUGGCUUCGCUGGCGGCUUCCUCAGUAACCUCUUCCGAAGGACCUGACAGCCGAAGGACCUGACAGCCGGCUGAGGGGGCACCCUUCCCCACAGUGGCAUUUACUUUCCUCUAAUGGUCAAUGGAGCGACAAGCCCCGAAUUUCCAUGCGGGACCAGUGCCCUUCUGUCCCUCCCCUAUAAGCUGGGCCAGGGGCUCUUCCAGGUCAGGGGUCUGCUUUGGGGCCAGGGGCCCAGCUGGGUAGCAGGGCAGAGCUAUUUUUCGCAUCUGUAUAGGUCUGUCUUUAAACACUAGGCCCCCUGCUCUUGCCAGCUCCAGGGCAGGAGAGGGAGCAGAUAUUUAUGUAUCAACAUUGGACAGAGUAAUAUAUAAAGCACUACAUAGA